CAUUUUUCAUUCAGCCAUGCUUCGUCUCUUCUCCAGAACAACUCGCACUCUAUCAAAUCUUCCUCGACAAACAGGACUCACCCAGCACCACAGAUUACUCUCCACGAAUAUGGCGAACAACCAAGAUCUGAAGGCAUCCGGCCUCUUUGACGUAUCACAUGUCACAGCACUAGUGACUGGCGGCGCCACAGGCAUUGGCUUGAUGAUCACCCAGGCCCUUGUUUCGAACGGAGCCAAAGUCUACAUCACUUCUCGCAGAGAAGAAGUGCUUGACAAUGCCAUCAAGCAGUACAACACCGGUCCAGGAAGCCUGCACAAACUAGUGGGCGAUGUCAGUUCCAAGGAAGGCGCUCUGCAGCUUGCCAAGGAAAUCGAACAGAAGGAGCCGAACGGAAUCCAAUUGCUCGUCAACAACGCUGGCAUUGCGCGUGACAGCACUAAGUUCUCGGCGAACGCGGAUGGCCCGCCGGAUAUGUCCAGCGCAGAAGCGAUCUCCAAAUAUUUCCUCCGCUCUGAAGAAUCAGAAUGGGCAGAUACUUUUCGCACCAAUGUCAUGGGCCAAUACUUCAUGAGCAUUGCCUUCCUUCCAAUUCUGGAGAAGGGCGGCAAGCAAACUCCAGGAUACACCUCAAGCGUGGUCAACGUCUCAUCCAUCUCUGGAGCAAUGAAGGGCUCAUCGAUGGGCCAAUUCGCAUAUGGAAGCUCGAAAGCCGCCUUUACGCACUUGUCAAGAAUGCUCGCCACAACGUUCAAAGACGUCAAAGUUCGAGUAAAUGUUAUUGCCCCUGGCGUCUUCCCAAGUGAGAUGACUGGCGGAGACAGCAACAAAGCGAACAAAACUGAGAUGGACAUGGAUUCUGGAAACCCAGCGGGUCGGAAAGGCGAGGAUGGAGAUAUGGCGGCCACCAUUUUGUUCCUUGCUGGUAAGGGUGGUGUGUUCUACAAUCAUCAAAUUUUGUAUCCCGAUGGUGGGAACACACUUGCUGCUCCGGCUGUGAACAAUUGAGCACAGCUGUGGCUACUAAGAUGUGUAUAUAUAUUAUCCGCACUCCAUCACUGCCAUUAGGAGAGGCUAUAUAGCGUCUGUUCCCAAACUUAAGAAGAUCUACCGCC